UUAGAGUAUGUACAUAUUAUUAUAGACAAAAGACUAUAGAGUAGAGUCUAUAUAAGAAGAUCCAUGUGACUACUAUAGUUCCAAUCCUCAUUUUCAUUUUUCCAAUGGAGCGGAAAGUCCUUAAUACCCUCAUCUUCUCCGUUCUCUUUUUCACCACCUCCGCUUCUUCUUCUUCCCAAUACCAAACUCUCGUCGUCAACACUCUCCCCUCCGCUGCAACCCUCUCAUGGCCCGAUUCCGAAUCCUUAACCGGUGACUCCCUACCCGAAUCCACGACUUCUCUCUCUGUCCAUUUAUCGCAUGUCGAUGCUCUCUCCUCCUUCUCCGACGCCUCCCCGACGGAUCUUUUCAACCUCCGUCUCCAACGAGACUCUCUCCGCGUCGAAUCCAUAACAAGCCUCGCCGCUGUAUCAAGAGGACGGAAUGCCACUAGAAGAACUCCACGCCCAGCCGGUGGAUUCAGCGGCACCGUUAUCUCCGGUCUCUCGCAAGGAAGCGGAGAGUAUUUUAUGCGGUUAGGCGUUGGAACUCCGGCGACUGACGUUUACAUGGUGCUCGACACAGGAAGCGACGUCGUUUGGCUCCAGUGCUCUCCUUGCAAAGCUUGUUACAACCAAUCCGACCCGAUCUUUGACCCGAAAAGAUCCAAAACGUUCGCCACCGUCCCAUGUGGAUCUCGCCUCUGCCGGAGACUAGACGACUCGUCGGAAUGUGUCACCCGUCGAAGCAAGACUUGCCUCUACCAAGUAUCGUACGGUGACGGAUCAUUCACCCAAGGAGACUUCGCAACCGAGACGCUCACGUUUCACGGAGCGCGUGUUGAUCACGUGCCUUUGGGAUGCGGUCACGAUAACGAAGGCUUGUUCGUUGGUGCGGCUGGCCUGUUGGGCUUGGGCCGUGGCGGUUUAUCGUUUCCGUCUCAGACGAAAAACCGUUAUAACGGAAAAUUCUCUUACUGUUUGGUUGACCGGACGAGUUCUGGUUCUUCUUCUAAACCGCCGUCAACCAUCGUCUUCGGCGACGAAGCCGUUCCCAAAACCUCCGUUUUCACGCCGUUGCUGACGAACCAGAAACUCGACACGUUUUACUACUUGCAGCUUCUUGGAAUCAGCGUCGGAGGUUCGCGCGUUCGCGGCGUUUCGGAGUCGCAGUUCAAGCUAGACGCCGCCACCGGUAACGGCGGUGUAAUAAUCGAUUCCGGGACCUCGGUUACUCGGCUGACGCAGUCUGCUUACGUGGCGCUUAGAGACGCGUUCCGCCUGGGAGCUACGAGGCUGAAACGAGCUCCGUCGUAUUCUCUGUUCGACACGUGUUUCGAUCUAUCGGGGAUGACGACGGUGAAGGUUCCGACGGUUGUGUUUCAUUUCGGAGGCGGAGACGUUUCGCUGCCGGCGAGCAAUUAUCUGAUACCGGUGAACACUCAAGGAAGGUUCUGUUUUGCGUUCGCCGGAACAAUGGGGAGUUUGUCAAUCAUUGGAAACAUACAGCAACAGGGUUUCCGGGUCGCUUAUGAUUUGGUCGGGUCACGGAUCGGGUUUUUGUCUCGCGCCUGUUAGAAUUUGAGUUUUAAAGUUUGACUGAUUUAUUCCCAAAGUCUUUAUGGGAGCCAAAAAAUAAUCAUAAUCAAUUUAUCAAAAACAUUGUUAUCAUCAUCGGUUCAUCGUACUAUUACCCCUA